AUGCCUGGCCUCAUCUACCUUCUGAAGGCGUCGCUCAGGCACACUUUCAUAUGGGUAGUGUUUGGGUUAAUUGGAAAGGGGGGCAGCGUGUUCAGCAUCAUCACCAGGGUCGAGGCCACCCACUCCCAGACCCAGGGAACCUGCCCCGAGAGCAUAAAGGUCCACAAUGCCACCUGCCUCUCCGACGCCGACUGUGUGACUGGGGAGCUGGACAUGCUGGGAAACGGCCUGCGGACCGGGCGCUGUGUGCCCUAUUACCAGGGGCCCUCCAAGACCUGCGAGGUGUUCGGCUGGUGCCCGGUGGAAGAUGGGGCCUCCGUCAGCCAAUUUCUGGGUACCAUGGCCCCAAAUUUCACCAUCCUCAUCAAGAACAGCAUCCACUACCCCAAAUUCCACUUCUCCAAGGGCAACAUCGCGGACCACACAGACGGGUACCUGAAGCGCUGCACGUUCCACGAGGCCUCCGACCUCUACUGCCCCAUCUUCAAGCUGGGCUUUAUUGUGGAAAAGGCUGGGGAGAGCUUCGCGGAGCUCGCAUACAAGGGUGGUGUCAUCGGGGUCAUUAUCAACUGGGACUGUGACCUGGACCUGCCCGCGUCGGAGUGUAACCCCAAGUACUCCUUCCGGAGGCUUGACCCCAAGCAUGUGCCUGCCUCGUCAGGCUACAACUUCAGGUUUGCCAAGUACUACAAGAUCAAUGGUACCACCACCCGCACGCUCAUCAAGGCCUACGGGAUCCGCAUCGAUGUCAUCGUGCAUGGACAGGCCGGGAAAUUCAGCCUGAUUCCCACCAUUAUUAAUCUGGCCACAGCUCUAACUUCCGUCGGGGUGGGCUCCUUCCUGUGCGACUGGAUCUUGCUAACAUUCAUGAACAAAAACAAGGUCUACAGCCAUAAGAAAUUUGACAAGGUGUGUACGCCGAGCCGCCCCUCAGGUAGCUGGCCUGUGACCCUUGCCCGUGUUUUGGGCCAGGCCCCACCCCAACCCGGCCACUGCUCCGAGGACCAGCACCCCAGCCCUCCAUCAGGCCAGGAGGGCCAACAAGGGGCAGAGUGUGGCCCAGCCUUCCCACCCCUGCGGCCUUGCCCCAUCUCUGCCCCAUCUGAGCAGAUCACUCCUGCCUCCGAGCCUGCCCCACAAGCCUCCACACCCACAGACCCCAAAGGUUUGGCCCAACUCUGAGCUCCUUCCCGUCACACUGGACUGCAGACCCGGCCUGGUGGGGCCAGAGACAGUCCCUGGCUAGGGACCCUGCACAGUAGACAUGGGCACCUCAGUAGCAGGGCAUCUCCACGAAAACUGGGCACCAUAGGGUCCCUGUGCAAGGGCUGGGGGCACGCUCUGGCCCCAGGCUUGUGCCCCACCCUGGCAUACCAGCCCGACACCUCCUCCCCAGCUGGCCCCUACAGGGCUGCUCACUUCCCAUCACCUCACAGCCACCUGGAACCCAAGCCAGCUAAGCUCUGAGGGGCUCUGCUCCUGGUCUUGGGCCCUGGGAACCCUCACCCCCCCCCACCCCGCCGGUGUAACCUCGAAUCUGCCCAGACUCUUCCCUUACAAGUCACAACAUACUCAGUCCAAUAAACCUGUGAGCAG